AAUGGCUAUAGUGUUCCCAGCCAUCACCAACAAUAUUGAAUUAGUGUUUGAUACAAAUAUUUUUCGAACAAUACAUUUUGAAAAAGUUCGAAUUUUGAAAUUAAGAAAUGAAAAUAAAACUUUAAAAUUAGUAGUUCAAAACAAUGACACUACUCUCGACGAAUACAACCACGAAUAUAUUAAAGGAUGGAACGAAGUUCACUUUACAAAUCCUUCACCUUCGGUCAAGAUGUUUCUCUAUUUGACUGGAUCGCCUUAUAAUAAUCUGGAAAUUGGAGAGAUACAAAUACUGGCUACAAUAAAAGCUUAUUCGUCGUGCGUCGAAUGGUAUAAAGACGCAAAACCAACUUUUCCAGAAUUUAUAUAUGCUGAAGAUAUGUUUAGGUUUUUGUACGAAGAUGUUGCAGAAUUGGAAUCUGGAUCUGUCUGUACAGCGUCUAUAUCACAUAUACACCAGCAACUACGAAUAUAAUAGAGAAUCAACUGGUUUCUCUUUUCUUUCUAGCCAGAGAUUCGUAUGUGUUGGGAGAGAGAUUAAUCAAAUACAAUGUCUAUCUUCGCUAUCAGAAGAUCUUUAUAAAAUGUACAAUGGGCAAAAGUGAUAACGUCUUAGCAACUUUAUAUCAUUAAAAUAACA